AUGCUCUCCUUUUCAGCGCUGAGUCUACUCUUCCUCGCCGUCGGCCCUGCUCUCGCCAUCCCUCCACCAGACUUUGGCUUCCCAGAGGCUCCGAACGAUACCGCCCUCGCAGUCACGUUCCCGAACAAUGGCAGUCCACUGGUCGUCGCCGAAGCCCAGCUCUUCGGUGUGACAAUUCCUUCUCAAGAACCCACCGUGGCCGUCGACCCCUCUAGAUCCGCGUCCAUCGCAAGCUACAAUGGCUCCUACACCCUCCUCAUGGUCGAUCCCGAUGCCAGAUACCCUGAAGCGCCCACGUCUCGGUUCAUCCUCCACUGGCUGCAGACCAACAUGACAACCGGUCCACAAGCUGCUGACGGGACCACACAACUCAUUAACACGACCCAGCCACGAGCGCCGUAUCGCGGUCCGGCCCCUCCAACGAACUCCUCCGCCCAUCGGUACAUCCUGUACGCCUUCUUCCAGCACGAGAACUUCACAUUUCCGCCGGCUUUCGAAGGCUACAACGCUACAAACCGGACGAGCUUCAACCUAACAGAUUUCCUGGAUCAGUCGAACUUAGGUCAAACAGCUGCAGCAGCAAUGUACUACUUUGCCAGCAACCAGACCGGAGUGCCUCCGGACUUUGUUGCUGCUGCCGGCGCGACGUAUCCAAGCGGGAAUGGGCAGAUGAUCACGGCCGGCCCUGGUCCCAGCAUCGCACCUUCUUCCACACCUGCCACUGCUACGGCAUCGGCUACUGGAGCGAGCUCUGAGGGCUCAAGCUCGGGCAGUGGGUCCGGGGGUCCCUCAGCGACGGGAUCGGCGGCGUCAGCUUCACCCUCAAGCGAUGCCGUCAAGACAAGAGCCGGAUUAGGUGUUGUCAUGAUAGCAUGCACGUUGAUUGUCUUGACUUUUGCAUGA